AUGGGUCGAAGAAAGAGUCUCUUAAACGUCUUCCGGUCGGAGAGGGCCUUGGGGCGUAAAACUUCCGUGGAGGGUGUCGUGGACGCCGGCAAGCCGAGUGACGCGGAUAAACAAGAUCCCAGCGAUAUCGAUUCGUGGGGAACAUCAUCUUGCUCUUCCCCUUGCCCUCCCCAGCCAUUGAAACUAUCGCAACGAGUUCCAUCUCAUGCUAUAGGUUCAGUUCCACCAUCAGAAAACAAUGGCUUGAAAAGAACCUCGGAGGUAGCUGAAACACUGUCGAGGCAGCUGAGCCACAUUGAGCCGACGGUACUGGCGCUAGCAGAAGGACUGGAGAAGUCACAGGAAGCCGUACUGCAGCACAUUGAUUUCUUGACCGGGUACGACGGGGAUCCUUCAGACGCUCGUCAGGCCACCGAGGGAGGGGCGGCGUGUCUUAGCGAAUCGCAGAAGCGCCUUCCCCAAGAGUCAAAAACGGAAAACCAAGCUUGCCCCCGUCCGUCGGCGUCGAUUGAGAAUCCGACGGGACAAGUCUACGACAAAAAAGUCCUCAGCAACCUCCUGUCUUGUAUACAAGAGUGUCAAAAGUUUCUAGACACUCUGCAGAAAACGGCUAAAUUUGAACAUGACUUGUCGACGGAUACAAGCGCAAGCCCCGACCGAAACACAGACAUGCUCCAACACACCCAAGAACAACUUACACAGGGUCUUGAAGAGAGUCAGUUCGGUCGCAAUCCAACCGCCGAGUUGUCUCGGCUACUUGGGGAGGAGAAAGAAAGAACUUCUGCUUUAGCGGUAAAGCUGGAGGAAGUUGAAGCAAGGAGUAAGAGUCAGCAACAGAAAUGCAUGGCUGCUCACGAGGAAGAAAAGGAACGAAUGCUCGACAUUUUUCAAAAGGUUCUGGAUAAGCUAGAGAAAGAGUCCGAAUCCUUUAAGGCUACGAAGAAUCGCGAGAUGGAAGAGUUGUCGUGCCUAGCCGAAUCUUUAGCAAACGACCUGAAGGAGGAGAAAAGUCGUCGUCGAGAAGACAAGGAAAAGUGGCAGAAAAUAGAGAACGAGAAACUGGCAUUGGAGCUCAUGUUGCUCGAGACUCGGCGUCUGCUGCGGUGGAAAACUAGUGUCUAUGCCGAUACGAUGGCCCAGCUAGAAGCAGAGAGACGCAAGACGCAACUUGCAGAGACUCAGUCAUUGGCCCUGGGGGAUCAUUCUUUAACACCCAGGUCCCUUCUAAUGAUGUUUUCUUCACAGCAACCGGGUAUGCCAGUCGCAAGCGGUUCAGAAGUCAGUCGUCUGGUUUUCUGUCCGAUAACACCCGGCACCCUUGAUCUGAAACUUUCCGGCGAGGAGCUGCAGUCCAUGUUCUCACUCCUGAAGUCGCGAAAAUCGGCACCCUUCUUGAACUUUCUUAGGACGGAAGUCUCGAUCCGUCCGUGCCAAAUAUGUGGAUUUCACAAGUUUGAUCCGCCUCCAUCCCGACCAAACGAGAUUGCCAUUCUGGACGAGUAUCCCAGGUUUCCCCAGCCUAUGCAACUAGAAUCAAAUAACGUCUGCACAAAAUGUCGUCUCCCGCACCUCGUCACUGACUUUGAGAGGCAUGUCUGGACUGACAUGGCGACGGAUGAGAUCUUCAGGUUGGUGAAGAAUCAAGGAGACUUUGCCACGAUUUUGCGUUGCCUAGGAGAUCCGGAAAUUGGAAAUACCUUGCGCACCUAUGAAGCAUGUAUGGAUUUACGCCGUGCUCUUUCCUGGCAUGACAGUUUCCUACCCGCCCUAGCCAUUCGAAUCUCAUGCGACCUUCAUCUCCGGAUGAAGAAGGCGGGCAUUAUGGCGCCUUUCUUUGAUUCCCAAUUUUUUCGCACUGAGCCGGACGAUAACGGUUCGAUCCCUCCUUUCGACCCAGGGACUAUACGCAACGUCCGAGUAUAUGCCUAUGAAGAGGGAACGUCUGUCGAUGUUCCAGUGUUCAUGAAAUUCUUCAACCGUUCGGCGAAAGUUGUAGAAUGCAGCGUAUGCUCCGAGAAGUACCGCGAUAUCCGGCUACUAGAGGAAGACUGGAAGGUAGUCUGCGGCCGAGAAUAUGACCACGAAUGGCUGUGGGCACUUCUCCACUUCCCGCCUGGAGCGACAAAGUCCGGCUGCCAGCACGAACCCGAUGUGUGUCGGCGAUGCUACAAUCAAUUCCUUGCCGCCCAGCUGGAGCAGCUUGGCAGCCUUGGAUGUGAACAGAUCGCGUGCCCGACGCUUGGCUGUGGGAAUCUUCUCCAGUACGAAGACAUUCGCCGCAUGGCCUCGAACAAAACGUUCAAAUUGUACGAUCGUUACAGACUCCUCAAGCAGCUAAGUGGCGAAGAAGGCUUCAUGUGGUGCCUUAGACCUGGUUGCCAGAACGGCCAAAUAUACGAUCCCGACGAUGAAAUGGUUAUCUGCGCUGAAUGCUCCUUUGAAAUGUGUUUCCGUCAUCGAGGGCCGUGGCAUGCGGGCCUUACGUGUCUAGACUACGCGGCUAACCAAGGUGAUCCCAAUUCCAGCGGAACCCGCGAGUGGAUCGAGGGAAACUCCCAGGCGUGCCCUAACCAAGGUUGUGGAGUACGGAUCGAGAAGAAUCUUGGUUGUGAUCAUAUGACUUCCAUGAAUUUUGUUGGUAUUGCCUCGGCGAGUGGGACGGGCAUUCCCAUUGUCGAGAGUAGUGGAUGA